UUGUGUGGAAUUGUGAUUUAGGGCGUUACAAAUAAAUCUGUUCUGAUUUGACGAGGAGCGCCCGAACGGAGCAUGAACGCCGUUCCCCAAUAAGUGACGUCAGUAGGGAUGACGUCAGUAGGGACCCCUGGUCACGGCGCCUCCCAUCCUUCUGUCUGCCCAGCGCGUGCUAGCUUACGCUAGCGAAAGCCGUUCGUAUUGUUGAACAAAGUCUAGUGCAAAUAUUUUUGCGUUUUUUAAAAAUACAGCGAUAAAAAUAUAUUAGUUCGGGCCUGGACAAAAUGCCUGCAGUCUCUAAAGGAGAUGGGAUGCGUGGCCUUGCCGUAUUUAUCUCCGAUAUCAGGAAUUGUAAAAGUAAAGAGGCAGAAAUUAAGAGGAUAAACAAGGAACUGGCCAACAUCCGCUCCAAAUUUAAAGGUGACAAGGCUCUAGACGGCUACAGUAAGAAGAAGUAUGUGUGCAAGCUGCUCUUCAUCUUCCUUCUUGGCCAUGAUAUUGACUUUGGACACAUGGAGGCUGUCAACCUGCUGAGCUCCAACAAAUACACAGAGAAACAGAUUGGCUAUCUGUUCAUCUCAGUGCUGGUCAACUCCAACAGCGACCUGAUCCGCCUCAUCAACAAUGGCAUCAAGAAUGACCUGGCCAGCCGCAAUCCAACUUUCAUGAACCUGGCACUGCACUGCAUCGCCAAUGUCGGCAGCAGAGAGAUGGCUGAGGCUUUCGCUGCAGAAAUCCCCCGCAUUUUGGUUGCAGGGGACACCAUGGACAGUGUUAAGCAAAGUGCAGCCCUGUGUCUGCUGCGUCUGAAUAGGACAUCUCCUGACCUGGUGCCCAUUGGGGAAUGGACAUCCCGGGUGGUUCACCUGCUCAAUGACCAGCACCUGGGUGUGGUAACAGCAGCCACUAGCCUUAUCACCACGCUGGCCCAGAAGAGUCCUGGUGACUUCAAAACGUCAGUGUCGCUGGCUGUGGCCAGGCUCAGCAGGAUUGUGACCUCUGCCUCCAUAGACCUACAGGAUUAUACAUACUACUUUGUUGCUGCACCAUGGCUGUCUGUUAAAUUGCUACGCCUGCUGCAAUGCUACCCUCCACCUGAGGAUGCGGCAUUGCGUGGUCGUCUGACAGAAUGUCUGGAGACCAUCCUCAACAAGGCCCAGGAGCCCCCCAAAUCUAAGAAGGUUCAGCACUCCAAUGCCAAGAAUGCUGUGUUGUUUGAAGCCAUCGCCCUCAUCAUCCACCAUGACAGUGAGCCCACAUUGUUGGUGCGUGCCUGUAACCAGCUGGGACAGUUCCUUCAGCACAGGGAGACCAACCUGCGAUAUCUUGCUCUGGAGAGCAUGUGCACGCUGGCCAGCUCGGAAUUUUCCCAUGAGGCUGUCAAGACACACAUAGAAACUGUGAUCAAUGCCCUCAAGACUGAAAGAGAUGUGAGUGUGCGUCAGCGGGCAGUGGACCUGCUCUAUGCCAUGUGUGACCGGAGCAAUGCCAAGCAGAUCGUAGCAGAAAUGCUCAGCUACCUGGAGAGUGCUGACUACUCCAUCAGAGAGGAGAUAGUCCUCAAGGUGGCCAUACUGGCAGAAAAGUAUGCCGUGGACUAUACAUGGUACGUGGACACAAUCCUCAACCUCAUCCGAAUUGCUGGUGACUAUGUCAGCGAAGAAGUGUGGUACCGUGUCAUCCAGAUUGUCAUCAACCGUGACGAUGUUCAGGGUUACGCUGCAAAGACCGUCUUUGAGGCACUGCAGGCUUCUGCCUGCCAUGAGAACUUGGUGAAAGUGGGGGGUUACAUCCUGGGGGAAUUUGGCAAUCUGAUUGCUGGUGACUCACGUUCCAGUCCCCUGGUGCAGUUCAACCUUCUCCACUCCAAGUUCCACCUAUGCUCUGUUCCUACACGGGCUCUGCUACUUUCCGCUUAUAUCAAAUUCAUCAACCUCUUCCCAGAAGUUAAGGCCACCAUCCAGGAGGUACUGCGCUCUGACAGCCAGCUUCGCAACGCAGAUGUGGAGCUGCAGCAAAGAGCUGUUGAGUAUCUGAGGCUGAGCUGUAUCGCCAGCACCGACAUCUUGGCAACUGUCCUAGAGGAGAUGCCUCCUUUCCCAGAAAGGGAGUCUUCCAUCCUUGCCAAACUGAAGAGGAAGAAGGGGCCAGGAAAUGUUCCUGACAUAGACGACACCAAGUGGGACAAAGAAAAGGAGCGCAAUGUCAAUGGUGGCCCCGAACACAGCAACAACAUUGAUUCCUCUAGCAAAGUUUCCGCCUAUCCCUCCACCGACCUGCUGGGUCUAAAUCCUGCCCCAUCAGCAGGACCGAGUCUUCUAGUUGAUGUUUUCUCUGACAGCCCCACCACAUCACCUGCAGAUGUGUCUGAGGAGAAUUUUUCCAGAUUCGUGUGUAAGAACAACGGAAUUCUCUAUGAGAACCACCUGCUGCAGAUUGGACUCAAAUCUGAAUACAGGCAGAACCUGGGUCGUAUGUAUGCGUUUUUCGGCAACAAGACAUCUACCCAGUUCCUGAGCUUCUCGUCCUCAGUGACCCUUCAGGACCCCCUAAAGACCCAGCUUAAUGUUCAAGCUAAACCAGUAGAUCCUACAGUAGAUGGCGGGGCUCAAGUCCAACAGAUCCUCAACAUUGAAUGCGUGUCUGAUUUCACCGAUGCACCAGUUCUCAACAUCCAGUUCAGGUACGGUGGAACCCUCCAGCACAUGGCAGUGAGACUUCCUGUGAUGCUAAACAAGUUUUUCCAGCCCACAGAGAUGACAUCCCUGGAUUUCUUUCAGCGGUGGAAACAACUUGGAGCUCCUCAGCAGGAGGUUCAGAAAAUCUUCAAAGCCAAACACACCAUGGACACGGAGGUCACCAAAGCAAAGAUCAUAGGUUUUGGUGCUGCUCUGCUGGAUGGUGUGGACCCAAACCCCUCUAACUUUGUUGGUGCAGGAGUCAUCCACACCAAGGUCACUCAGGUGGGCUGUCUUCUCCGGCUGGAGCCCAACACACAGGCACAGAUGUACCGUCUGACGCUGCGUACCAGCAGAGACUCUGUGUCCCAGAGGCUGUGUGACCUUCUCUCUGAACAGUUUUAAACUGCUCCACAGUCACACGUAUCUGCACCAAGCAUAUCUACACCAAGCAGCAACUCCUCC